AUGUUCUACCAAGCAUCCUCCGUUGUUCGUCCACUGUCAUCGGAUCCAGCGACCGCCAUUGCCAAUUUAUGCUCAAAGGGAAACCUCCGAGAAGCUUUCCAUAGAUUCCGACUCAACAUCUUCACAAACACCAACCUCUUCACUCCGUUCAUCCAAUCAUGCGCCACCAUAAAAUCAAUCCGAUCCGGAAAGCAGCUCCAUUGCCUCCUCGUCGUCUCCGGAUUCACCUCCGACAGUUUCAUCUGCAACCAUCUAAUGAGCAUGUACUCAAAGAUCGGAGAUUUCUCUUCAACCAUCGCAUUGUAUGACUCCAUGCCUAAGAAGAAUUUCAUGUCAUCUAACAUUCUCAUCAAUGGGUAUGUCCGUGCCGGAGAUUUAGUAAGUGCCCGGAAGGUGUUCGACGAAACGCCUGAAAGAAAGCUCACAACUUGGAACGCCAUGAUCGCUGGGUUGAUCCAGUUCGAGCACAACGAAGAAGGUUUGCGUUUGUUUAAGGAAAUGCACGGAUUAGGGUUUUCGCCUGACGAAUACACACUCGGUAGUGUCUUUAGCGGAUCUGCCGGAUUGAGAUCGUUGACCAUAGGGAAGCAGAUUCAUGGCUACACGAUCAAAUACGGGCUUGAGUUGGAUUUGGUAGUGAACAGCUCCGUGGCUCAUAUGUAUAUGAGAAACGGGAGAUUGGAAGAUGGCCAAAACGUUAUUAGGUCAAUGCCUGUUCGUAAUUUAGUCUCAUGGAACACACUCAUCGCAGGGAACGCUCAAAACGGAUGUCCUGAGACCGUGCUUCAUCAGUAUAAGCUGAUGAAGAUCUCUGGUGUUAGGCCGAACAAGAUCACGUUUGUGACUGUGCUUAGUUCUUGUUCUGAUUUAGCGAUAAGAGGUCAGGGUCAGCAGAUUCACGCGGAGGCUAUCAAGAUUGGUGCUAGCUCUGUGGUAGCUGUGGUUAGUUCGUUGAUAAGCAUGUAUUCGAAAUGUGGGUGUCUUGAAGAUGCAGCUAAAGCUUUCUCAGAGCGUGAGGAUGAAGAUGAAGUCAUGUGGAGCUCGAUGAUAUCUGCUUAUGGGUUUCAUGGACAAGGCGAUGAGGCGAUCAAGCUGUUUAAUACUAUGGUAAAGGAAACAGAAAUGGAGAUAAACGAGGUUGCGUUUCUGAAUCUGCUUUACGCUUGUAGCCAUUCCGGUUUAAAGGAGAAAGGGCUUGAGUUGUUUGACAUGAUGGUUGAGAUAUACCGGUUUAAGCCCGGUUUAAAGCACUACACUUGUGUGGUUGACUUGCUCGGUCGAGCAGGGAAGUUGGAUGAAGCCGAGGCGAAGAUUAGGUCAAUGCCGAUGAAACCAGACACGGUUAUAUGGAAAACGUUGUUAUCUGCGUGUAACAUACACAAGAACGCAGAGAUGGCGCAGAGAGUCUUUAAAGAGAUUCUUGAGAUUGACCCUAACGACUCUGCUUGUUACGUCCUGCUCGCGAACGCUCACGCCUCGGCUAAGAGAUGGCGAGAUGUCUCGGAGGUGAGGAUGUUGAUGAGAGAUAAGAAGGUGAAGAAAGAGCCAGGGAUCAGCUGGUUUGAACAUAAAGGCGAGGUGCAUCGGUUUACGAUGGGAGACCGGUCUCAGUCGAAAUCGAAAGAGAUUUAUUCGUACAUUAAGGAGAUGACGUUAGAGAUGAAGUUGAAAGGGUACAAGCCUGACACAGCUUCGGUGUUGCAUGAUAUGGACGAGGAAGAGAAAGAGUCGGAUUUGGUUGAGCACAGCGAGAAACUAGCGGUUGCGUUUGCGCUCAUGGUGUUGCCUGAAGGCGUUCCGAUUAGGAUAAUCAAGAACUUGCGCGUUUGCGGUGAUUGCCACGUUGCGUUCAAGUAUAUCUCUGUGAUCAAGAGCAGAGAGAUCACGUUGAGAGAUGGUAGUAGGUUCCAUCAUUUCGUAAACGGAAAGUGUUCAUGCGGCGAUUAUUGGUAA